AUGGGCGGGAAGGAAACACAAAAUGCUUGCUGCAGCAGUGCGAGGAAACCUCCAGCGGCAAAGAGGGGAGAGGCGGGGGAUUCUUCGCCCAGCACCAACGGGUCCAGCGCGGCGCACAUGAAAGAGGGGUGGGGCAAUUCGCCGGGCCUAAGUUGUUGACACUCGGCUGGGCAGGGUCUAGAGGGCAAAAGGGAGGGGGGUUGCUCAUAUUUUCCAUGCCUCAGGUUCUCGAGAGAGGACGGAGCAGCAUUGUUCCAACAGGACCAUUCACCGAUGGUCAAUCACUGCUUGGGGUAGGGCAUACCUCACGUAAACGCAUACCAUGCAAGGAAGGGUAAACCAGAACCUUGUGGUUAUCCUUGCGUCUGCUGUGCCACA